AUGUCUUCCCCUCCUCUUCUUUUUGAGCUGAGACAGAAGUACAAUGUUCGGUCUAUGCCCAUUCGAAAGGAUGAUGAAGUCCAGGCUGUCCGAGGACACGACAAAGGCCAGCAGACUGGCCAAGUGGUCCAAGCAUCCAGGAAGAAAUACGUCAUCUACACUGAACAAGUGCGGCGAGAAAAGGCUAAUGGCACAACUCUCCAUGCGGGCAUCCACCCCAGCAAGGUGGUUACCACCAGGCUAAAGCUGGACAAAGACCACCAAAAGGUCCUGGAAAGGAAAGCUGAGUCUCGCCCAUAG